GUAAAACUUGGUCAACAAGCCGCCGGAGAGGCGCUCUGAUCCCGGGACCAGCUCUCAGUUCGGACGGUGGAUUAUCGCUCCAUCGGAACACAACUCGGUGCGGACGGUCGGGAAGCGGUCGGUGCUGUAGGCUGCUGGGUGUCGGCGGCUCCGGGCAGAGAGGGAGACUUUAUCCGAGGCAGAGUGCGGCCGGUGAAGCGGAGCUCCGAGAUGCCGCUUCUCCACAGAAAAGCCUUCAUCCGGCAGAAACCGCCUUCGGACCUGCGGCCGGACGAGGAGGUUUUCCUCUGCAAGAUCACCCACGAAAUCUUCCGGACCUACGAUGAGUUCUUUGAGAGGACCAUCCUGUGCAACAGUCUGGUGUGGAGCUGUGCUCUGACGGGCCGGGCCGGUCUCACCUACCUGGAGGCGGUGGACAGCGAGCGCCGGGCCAAGCAGAACCUGCAGAGCUUCCCUCAGAGCCUGGUGGCGCCGCUGCUCCACCUGGCUGCUCUGAGCCGCCGCUGCCGCCUCACCGAGCUCUGCGAGGACGUCUACGCCUUCGUCAAGGACCGCUUCUUCCCCGGGGAGACGGUGGACGUCAACGGACGCAACGGAGCCAGAUAUGUGUGUGAGAUCCUGCAGGUUCACUCUCCUCAGUCCAGCGCUAACGGAGUGCUGGCCGCUAACGGCCACCCCAAACAACCCGACAGCGACACCAUCGUCAUCAGCGACAGCGACGACGAGACCAACGCCUUCCAGAGUCCAACGCCACAAAUCAACGGGAAGAGGAAGAAGCCUCUGAGUCCGUCAGUGUUUAAAUACACAGUGAGGAUGGUGAAGGACCAACACAGUGAAUCGUUUACUGUCAAAGCCAAUCAGAUCAGCCGGAGGAAGACGACUCUGUCCAGAGAGAGACUGAAGCUGCUCUUCAAGCAGCACUGUGAGCCUCACAACGGGACCAUCGUCAUCAAGCCCUCCACUGUGAUGAAGUACCGACUCUCUGAACAGACUUUCUCUCAGUUCUUCCCCGAUGAGCCUCCACUGUUCCCCUUCAGCCCUCCCUCGAAAGGUGGGCGGGGCUCACCUGGACAGGCGAGCUCGUCACUGCUGAAGGCGGCGGAGGAGAAGCUGAAGCUGCUGCACCAGAGGGAGGAGAUGGCGAUGGCAGCUCAGGACCGAGCUCGGCUGAAGAGGGAGAAGGAGGAGGCUCAGGAGGCCAAGAGGAAGGAGAAGGAGGACCGGGAGAAGAUGAAGGAGGAGCAGAGGAGGAGGUUCGAGGUGGAGAAGCAGAGGAGGAGGGAGGAGAAGGAGCAGAGGAAGCUGGAGAAGGAGAGGGAACGAGAGAAGCUGAAGGAGGAGAAGAAGAAAUACGCUGAACGGCUGAAACUGUGGAACAAACCCAGAGAGGACAUGGAGUGUGAAGACCUGAAGGAGCUGCCCAGUCCGGUUCCGGUGAGAACCCGUCUUCCUGCAGAGCUCUUUGGAGAAGCUCUGAUGGUUCUGGAGUUUCUGAGGGCCUUCGGCGAGGCCUUCGACCUGAAGGACGAGUUCCCCGAUGGCGUCUCUCUGGAGGUUCUGGAGGAGGCUCUGGUGGGUUCUGACCCUGAAGGUCCUCUCUGUGAGCUGCUGUUCUUCUUCCUGUCGGCCAUUUUUCAGGCUCUGGACGAGGAGCAGGAGGAGCUGGCUAAGGAGCAGGCAGAAGACCUGUCGGAGGCUCUGGAGGAUGAUUCUGAUCCGACCCGUUCUGCUCUGAGUGCUGUUGCCUCCCUGGCGGCUGCCUGGCCUCAGCUCCAUCAGGGCUGCAGCCUGAAGCAGCUGGACCUGGACAGCUGUACGCUGUCAGAGAUCCUCCGGCUGCACAUCCUGGCGUCCGGCGCAGACUGUAACCACGGCAACGCCAAGCUGCGCUACCAGAAGCAGGGCGGGUUCACCCUGAUGGACGACCCGUGUGUGGAGCUGCGAUUGGCCGAGCCGGCACUGCUGAAGAGGCUGUCGUGCACGGCGGUGUAUGACCUCACACCAGGGGAGAAGCUGAGGAUCCUUCAGGCUCUGGUGGGGAAGCUGCUGACGUUGGCGUCCAGCAGAGAUCUGAUUGAAGACAGUGUGGAGGAUCAACGAGCCGCCAGACAGGAACUGAGAGAAAUCAGAGCUGAACAACACCGCAGGGAGAGAGAGGAGGCUGCACAUAGGGUUCGUCUCCGUAAGGAGGAGAAGCUGAGGGAGCAGGAGCAGAGGAUGAGGGAGAAGGAGGAGAAACUGAAGGAGCAGGAGGAGAAGCUGAAGGAGGAGAAGGGAGGAGUCCAGACCAACGGUGAGACUCCUGCAGGACGUCACACUGAGGAUGACGAGGGUCAGAACUCUUCAUCAAACAGCAAGAAGAUGAUGAAAGCUAAAAUGAUCCAGAAAGACAAACAGCAGCAGCAGACGCCUCCAGACUCCAAACCUCCAUCCUGUCCUCCGACCAGCCUGACAGCAGAGGAGCUGGAGAAGGAGCAGGAGAAGGUCCGGGAGCUCCAGGAGCGGAUCCAGAAGGCAGCUACCUGCACCUGCCUGCUCCCUUUGGGCCGAGACCGGCUGUACCGCCGCUACUGGCUCCUCCCGUCGGCCUCCGCUCUGUUCGUGGAGGACGACUGCUUCGGCCUGACGGAGGACAUGCUGCAGCCGCGACCCAAACCCGCCCAGGACGCCAGGACGGAGGACGAGGACGUGGUGGAGGUGAAGGAGGACAGCAUCGGCUCAAGCCCCGCCUCCUUCCACACCUGCAGCCCACCUGUGGACCGUCCCAACCGGUGGUCCUUCUACAGCUCGGUGGAGGAGGUGGAUCAGCUGAUCGAGGCUCUGAACCCUCGAGGUCACCGAGAAAGUGGCCUGAAGGAGGCGCUGCUGCAGGAGAGAGACAGACUGCAGCAGUUGCUGCAGAACUGCGACACCAGCAAGUACAGACACACAGGUGAGCUGGAGUCGUCCCGAUCUGUCCCAGAAUGCACUGCUGCAGCCGAGUCUCUGAUGGAGGGGAGGCUGAGAGAUCUGCUGCUGGACAUCGAGGAUCGCAUCCACCAGGGAACUCUGGGAACUCUGAAGGUGAUGGACAGACAGGUGUGGCGCUCGGCGCUGGAGGCUGGAAACUACGAGCUGCUCAGUUCUGAUGCUGGAGCGAUGAACGGACGAGAGGAGGCCAUGGAGGUCGACUCCGCCCACCUGAGAGCCAGAGACAGGCUGCAGGAGCUGAAGUCCGACUCGGCUGCCGGGGGAACCAGCGGUACCGGGACUCCUCAGGCCGUCAGCAGCUCCGUACGAAUCCUGGCUCAGGCCCUCGGUCACAUCGAACACGGCAUCGAGAGACGCUUCCUCAAAGCUCCGCUGGGUGACGAUGACUCAAAGAAAGACCCAAAGUCAAAGAAGAACAAGAAGAAAGACGAGGACCAGAUCAGUGAUGAUGGCAGUGACAGCGGUCGGGUGGUGAAGACGGUGUUGGAGCGAUGGAGGGAUUCUCUACAGUUGUGUUCCAGCCUCUCUCAGGUGUUCGUCCACCUGUCCAGUCUGGAGCGAAGCGUCCUCUGGUCUCGCUCUGUCCUCAACGCUCGCUGCCGCAUCUGCAGACGCAAAGGAGACGCCGACAACAUGCUGCUGUGUGACGGCUGCGACCGAGGACACCACACCCACUGUCUGAGGCCCCGCCUCAAGUCGGUUCCAGAAGGCGACUGGUUCUGUCCAGACUGUCGACCCAAACAGAGAUCCAGCCGCCUCCCGUCCCGUCAGCGCUCCUCCAUUGAUGAGGAGGAGGAAGAGGAGGAGGAUGACGAGCAGGAAGAGGAAGAGGAGGAGUCUGAGGAGGAAGAGGAGGAGUCAGAAGAGGAAGUGGAGUCAGAAGAGGAGGAGGAAGAAGUUACCGUGAGUGCCAAGAAGAGUCAAGCUCCGCCCCCCAAAGGAAAGAGCCAACAGGCCAUGCCCAAAAGUCAACAGGCCACGCCCAAGAACAGCAACACCUCAUCUGGGAAAAACUCAUCAGCAUCCAAGUCCUCAGGGAAGAAGACCACACCCCCCACAUCAAAGACCAACACGGCGUCCGGCAGUAAAGCUCCGCCUCGUUCUGGGAGUCGAAACAGCUCCCAUCUGAGUAACGAGAUCCUGGCGCCAAACAGCAACGCCAAAACCUCACCUGGUCAGAGCGAAUCCCGCAAGAGACCUGCAACAGAUGCUGCUCCUCCUCCUAAACCCUCCAGACCCGUCCUCCCCCCGUCCUCCUCCUCGUCCAGCCGACGGUCCUCUGGGAGGAACCACGGUGUCCACGAGCUGUCGGCCUGCGAGCAGCUGACGGUGGAGCUGGUGAGACACGAGGACAGCUGGCCCUUCAUGAAGCUGGUGUCCAGGACGCAGGUUCCAGACUACUAUGACAUCAUCAAGAAGCCGAUAGCUCUGAGCACCAUCAGAGAGAAAGUCAACAACUGUGAAUAUCAGACAGCAGGUGAGUUCAUCUCAGACGUGGAGCUCAUGUUCUCCAACUGUCUCCAGUAUAAUCCUCGUCACACCAACGAGGCCAAAGCUGGCCACCGUCUGCAGGAGUUCUUCCACUCGGAGCUCGGCCGGCUUGGCCUAGCAGAGCGCAGCUCCGCCCCGCCCACCAAACGCUCCCGGCACUGAACCAAACGCACCCUGUGACCUCACCGUCGCCUACGCCGCCACGCUCCGAUUGGUCCAGAGGCAGGAAGAGGGGCCGGAGCAGAACACGAUUUAAGCAGAAGCUGGUUUCGGUUAAAGCUCGCCUCUCCGCUGAGGCUCCGCCCCCUCUCACCUGGCCGGAGCGUCGGCAUGUCGACAUGUAGCAGACACAUUCCCCUGGUGCUGUAGGACGUAGAGACAGUAGAGUCACACAUGUUCCCUUUAACCGAAGCAAAAACCACUAAAAGACGUCAAGCUUUGCACUGACAUCAGGCCGCUAACGUUGGCUCAGGGACACGACGUUUGAUCUGCAGGGUUCGGGGCCAGACGUACGGACGUCUGGGUUCGGGGCCGGACAUAUGGAUGUCUGCGGCGGCCGCCACUAAAACGAUUCCCUUUAGAGUCAAAGAUUUAGGUUUGCUGUUUGAAAAAAUAAAAACCUGCCACUGUGAGAAACACAUAAAACCUUCAGGAAGCUCAGGUUCUCGUCUUUCAGCUGCAGCUCGUGACCUUCUUCAGGAUGUUACAGCCCAGAGCCACGGCUGUUUUCUGACCUGCCGGGUCAAAUACAUUGUUUUUCUACCGUUAGUUUCACUGUUGGUCAUUUUCUGGGUUAAUCCAUUUACUGUUUGAUUAGAAACUGUUCCGUUUACCGUCAUAGAGGGAAAAAAACUGAAAAUAUUCACCUUUAACAAGCUCAAAACACAGAAUUUAGACUGUUUUACAUUCAGAUGGAACUCAGACUGAUUUUCAAAAUAGUUGUCAAUUAAUUUAAAAGUUGAUCGAUUAUCCAACAUUUCCAUCCACCAGGUCGUGGUUCAGGAACUGAACUUUGGUUAAAUAGUUAAAUCUCUUGAAUCUGAAACUGGACUGUUGUUUAAUUUAGUUCAUGUUCUGAUUUUGGUUUAUUUUGAAAGUUAUUAAAUUCUCCCGGCGUUUAGCAAAAUUAAUGUCUGUUUCCGUUUAAUUUAAAUGCCAGAGUCCAGUUUGUGAACUGAAUUAUGUUUGUCGCUCAUUUUAUUUUGGCACCGAAGGAAAAAAGUGUCAAAUUUUCUGUUUGAGUUCGUUUGUAGAAAACAAAAUUAAAUUCAGGUGAAAUUUCUAACUGUAAAUAUUUUCAAGUUGGAUUUAUUGAGUUGUUUCUAUUUCAGCGUCCACAGAAGCUCCUCCCUCAAAACUGUAGCCACCCCCCUAACCACACUGGUCCUGCCCCCUGACGUCACAGCAACAACUCCAUGUAUUAAAAACAAAUAUAUUGUAUCCAAAGAAAAGAGGAAACAAGUUUAUUCUGAAUAAAACUGGAGAACGUUUAAUCAGAUUGUUGAUCUUCAGGAGGUGAUGGUUGAGUUGAUAAAUAACGAAGAAAAAAUAGAAAGUUUAAGAUCUCAGGACACAAAAAACAGCAAAUAAAGCGUGAAUUUACCUGGAGAAAUACCUGAACUGAUGAUAGUUCGUCUUUUACCAGGAGUCAGGCUGUGGGUUAGCUUAGCUUAGCAUAAAGACUGGAAUCAGAAACCCAUCAAAAUAAACCUCCAGAAAUCCACUUAAAAAAUUAGCUAUAAACACAGUUCAGAACUCCAUUAAGAAUUUAGCUAUUUUUAGGGUUUCUUCCAGUGUAUUUUAACGGCACAUUCAUUCAUUAUUGAAGUCCUAAUUCAGUGAAAUCUCAACUUUAACGACAUUAAUUAUGUCUUUUCAGAUUUAAUGUGACUUAAACUGUCUGAGGAUAAAAAUAUCUGACGCGCUUUAGAUUAAACCUCCAGGAAUUCAAGUAGGAAUACGGUGAAAAACACAGUACAGAACUCCAUUCACAAUCUGUUUAUUUUUGGUUUCCUUCAGUCUCACAGUGAUUUAUUGAUAAUCGUUGGUUCACUUAUGACAGACUUCAGCUCACAGACAUUUCAGCUGCUGAAUUUAAACAAAUAAUAAAGUUUAAAAUCUUUAAAAUGAGCCUCAGGUCUGGACUAAAAUCAGAUCAGACGACUUUAAAAUCUGUAAAUGUUGGACUUCCCCUCUGAGAGCCCGAGCCGUGCGGACUCUGUGGAUUUGUAGUUUUUGUAUUUUUUUGACUACUGCGACUUUUCCUGCUCUAGUUUUGUUUUUGUUCUUCCUCUCUGAUGAUGAUGAAGGUGUUGUGUGUCGGAUGGAGGUGUGCUGUAGACACUACACUCCCCCCGCCUCCCCCUCUGCUGUGUAUUUAUUUAGAUGAAGCCUCUGGUUGUCUUUAUUUAUGACGCUAGCUGCUGCCUCCUGACGCUGUUUGUUGUUCUGAUGUAAAAAUAAAUGGACUUUUUAUAAGCGA